UGGCAGCUACUAGCUUGUUUGAGGCGAAACCAUUUGGACAAGAGAGGGGGGAAAGAGAUGAAAAACAGAAUGAAAGGGAAGACCAAUUGACCCGGAGGGUGAAGGCGAAGGCAUCACAUACAGCCAGAAGUGUCGGAGGAGGCAGUAGCUGCAGGGUUUGACAGAGUGGAGCAAUCGGAAGACAAGUUAGUCUCUUCUCCCCCCCCUUCUUCUUACUGGGUUCCUAGCAGGAUUCUGGGCACUGGCUGCGUGACAGAUUGGGAGGGCGGCGGAGCAAGCCCACCCACCCCAGCAAAAAAACAAUGAAGAGCAGAAUGAAGAAAAGUGAAAUGUGUUGAGUUGCUUAUCAGAGACAUGAAAAUGCUAGCAGUGGAGAGUGAGGCCAAGGCAAAAACGAAGGUUCGCUUUGAAGAGAUAUUCAGGAACCAUGCUGGCCUAACUGAUAAAAAGAAAUUAAAGAAGAAAGCACUAGACAUUCCAGAGAAUAUUGUGCUCGAGACAUUCAAAGAUCAUCUUGAUCUUACCAAAGAAAGUGAAAAUGAUGAGGUAAUUAUAAGCAACGCUUAUAACCCAGAGGAAACGAGUCCACAGUUUACAAAAAACAAACUCGGAGACAAAUCUUCGGUUGCAGAAAAAAUAAAAAAUGUCGUUAGUGAAGAGGAAAGCAAGCAUGCAACGUCUAACAAGAAGAAGAAAAAGACAGUGUUACACGGACAACUUAAUGAGGAAGAAAACCUGUGGGAAACUAAGUUGGACGGUUUUGAAAAACAGAUUCAUGUUUUUUCAAAGAAAAAAACAAAAAGUUUAUUGCAGGCAGAUGCACUUCAUCAAAAAGGGGAGAGCAACAUAAAAAGGGCCUUGAAUGGAAUGAGAGAGAGAUCUGAAUUAGAUGAGGAAGAACAGUUAAUUCAAGCCUAUGAGCAGCAAGUGGCCGAGGAAGAAGCAAAUGCAAUUAAGAAGAAAAUAAAAAAGAAACUUAAAGAACAGAUGUCUGAAUUCACCGCCAAUGUUCAAAGCCAAGAAGUGGUAGUGAAUAAUGAAGUGAGCAAAAAGAAGAAAAAGAAAAAAGAUGUAUCGGUUGUAUCUGAAGCUCAAACGAGUGCAAUGUCCCUCUCUGAACUACAGAAUGACCCAGAGGAAGAAAAUACCGGCAAAAAGAGAUCAUUGGAAAGACCACUCAUAUCAAAAUCAACAACGGAUGAUGUGUUACCGAAGGAACAGGAGCUGGAGGAGGAUAUUGAAAAACAGAAAUCUAAAGGAAAGAAAGUAAAAAAACCCAAAAAAGCAUUAGAAGAAAGUUUUGAAAAUGCUGAUGAGAACACAUCACAUGUGAUUGAUGGAAAUGUUUCACCAGAAUCAAAACUCGUUUUUGAUGAUAGCCUUGUUUUAGGUGUAUACAUCCAUCGAACGGAUCGACUUAAAACUGAUCUCAUGGUAUCGCAUCCUAUGGUUAAGAUUCAUGUGAUUGAUCAGAAAACUGGGCUUUAUGUCAAGAAAGAAAAUAGUAGCCGACCAGUUUCAUCUUUCUAUGAACAAGAGAAAGUGGGACAUAUUCUUCCCAUUAUGACCCAGCCUUAUGAUUUUAGAAAAUUAAAGUCAACACUUCCAGAAUGGGAGGAGCUAAUAAUAUUCAAUGAAUGCUUUAACUAUUUUCUUCAAAACGCUGAAGAAAGUCCAAGAGUAAUCCUGUUUUUCGAGAUCCUUGAUUUUCUGAGCAUGAAUGAUACAAAGACGAAUAUUGAUGUGCAAGCAAAGGAAAGUGGUUUUCGGAAAAUCUCUUGGGCAUUUCUAAAGCUUGUAGGUGCAAAUGGAGUUCUGAAUGUUGGUGGAAAACUACGCCUUCAGCUAUAUUGCCCUCCGCCAAGGUCCAGAUCACAACUAAAUAUUGUGGAAGUUUAUGAUUGGUGGGCAAAAUAUCCCAGAAAUCAUUACCCCUCAACACUAUAUGUAACUGUAAAGGGCAUUAAACUUCCUGAUCAUGUAGAUCCUUCUUUACGUUCUAUGAUGGCUGUUCAGCAGGAAUAUCAUUCUCCAUCGUACUUGGACCUACAAAAUGAAGUCUGCAAAAAAUCUAAUAAUUCUGGACCACAAGUGAAAAAAGAAGAACCAUUUAAGUGGUCGAGACUUCCUGGACAGGUUUGUCGAAUACCAAAUAAGCAUCUGUUUUCCUUGAGAGCAGGAGAUAUGGGAUGUUUCUGUAUUCACUUUUCUGAAGAUGGACGAACAUUAGCAGCAGGUUGUGCAGGAAGAGAUGGUUAUCCUAUAAUUUUAUAUGAGAUUCCUUCUGGGCAAAAGUUGGUGGAAUUUUAUGGGCACCUGAACAUUGUGUAUGAUCUUUGCUGGUCAAAAGACAACCAAUAUCUCCUUACUGCAUCCUCAGAUGGUACUGCAAGAAUGUGGGAAAUUAAAGCCCAGGCUACAUCAGCUGUGAAAGUUUUCCCUCAUCCUUCAUUUGUCUACACUGCUAAGUACCAUCCAGUAGCUGAGUAUAUUGUAGUGACAGGAUGUUAUGACUCUGUGAUUAGAGUAUGGAAUGCAAACGUGAAGGAAAUUCAUGGGCAGCUUCUUCAAGAGUUUGAUGGUCACAGAGGUUUUAUCAAUACAUUUUGUUUUGAUGCAGAAGGGUUUCACAUGUUUUCUGGAGACAGCACGGGACUGAUCAUCAUCUGGAAUACCUUUGUAAAAGGCAAUUCUCAAUCACCAGUCCAACACUGGGGUAUUGAUAAGGAAAUAAAAGAUGAUGAUUUUAAAGGGACUGCAAUCAAUCAUUUGGAGGUGCAUCCAAAUGGAAGACGCUUAUUGAUUCAUGCUAAAGACAGUACCGUGAGAAUUAUGGAUCUCCGAAUCUUUGCCACAAAGAAAUAUAUAGGUGCUACAAACUAUCGAGAAAAAAUUCGCAGUACCUUAACACCAUGUGGAACAUUCCUUUUUUCUGGAAGUGAAGAUGGAGUAGCUUAUGUCUGGAAUCCAGAAACAGGUGAUCAGGUAGCCAUGUAUUCUGAUCUUUCCUUCACAUGUCCACUUCGUGAUGUUGCCUUUCAUCCACAUGAGCAUAUGGUGUCCUUCUGUGCCUUUGGUCAAAACCAGCCUAUACUUGUGUACAUUUAUGAUUACAAAGUUGCCCAGCAGGAAGCUGAAUUAGUAAAAGGUUUUAGAGGAUUACAUUUAUCCACAACAUCCAGAGGUCCACAAAUUCUUAGCAAUUCUGCUGAUACUUCUGUACAGAAAGACUCAAUGUCUCCAGCUGACCAGUUUGCCAGUGUUGCAAGAGUAUCUAUGAGGAUGCAAAAAGUCAAACAAAAACUGGAUUCUGUUACGGCCAGCUCCAGUCCAUUGGUUCCUAGCCCAUCUCUGCUGUCACCACAUUCCAAAUUAAGUUUGGCAAGUACACUGGGCAAACCACCAAUUCCUCUGUAUCCUCUUUCUUCUCCAAGUGGGAGCUUCAUCCCAGUAGGAAAUUCUUUUUGCCGAACACCAUCAGCUGGACUACACAGGAAUGCUGAGUUUCCAGCAGCACCAUAUGUGAGAGAAGACACUAAUUCUAGUUCAAUCUCUGUCCAAGAAACAGUAGUGGCUCUUUAUGACUACACAGCUCAUCGAUCAGAUGAGCUAACCAUCCAUUGCAGUGACAUUAUCCAAGUGUUAUACAAAGAUAAUGAUAACUGGUGGUUUGGCAGCCUGGCGAAUGGACAGCAAGGCUAUUUUCCAGCCAAUUAUGUGGUUGGCCAAACACAAUAUGAAGAACAACUAUCUUCAGGAUUAGCAGAAGAUUCUAUUCCUCUUGUAUCCAGUGAACUGACAGAAGCAGCAUCACCAGCUAUGCCUGGGAUGUCAGCGGUCAUUACUAAGUCAGGAGACCAAAGAUUAAUUUCAGAGAAUGACACAUACAACCUAGCCACACAGGGGACAAAGAAGAAGAUAAAAAAGAUAGAUCUACAAACAGAGCAGACAGAAGCAAAAGAAUGCAAGGCAAAUAUAAUUACACUUGACAGCUUUCCAUCUAAUGGUGUUGAGGAUGAACCUAAGAAAAGCAUGAUGAAGAGGAGAAAGAAAAGGGCUGUCAAAACCACAAGUUCAAGUGGAACUUCAAAUGAUGCUUUCCAGCUGGACUCCCCCAAAGCAUAGUCUCCAUUUUGUUCUUGGAUGCUGAUUUCAUGGAUAAAAAGUAGUAUGGAAAAAUAUGGAAUUACUGUUUGUUGUGGAAUGAUGAUCUCACAUGGUUGAGAACAUGAAGUAUUGUUAAAUACAUAAAUUUACCCCCAAACCAUUAGAGAUUUAACAUGGUGUGGGGAGGCCAAGGAGAACAUGUACUGAAUGUUCCACUGAAACGCAGAUGAAUUAAAGCAUCAAGUAUGACUUCAGUAUUUUUUUUUUGCCAGUAGAAAGUACUUUGAAAUGUCUCAGUAUCUACACUAAAGAAAUAUUUAGGUUUUUGUUGGGCCUAUUCAAGUCAAGAUAAAGUGGCUAUUUAAAGUAAAAAGUGCUUUCUUGGGUAAAGGCAAAACUGGACUUAAAUUGUAGCCCAUGAAUUAAAGGAAAGCAACUUAGCUGGGUGAGAAACGCUACAAAAAUCUGUGUUUGGUGCAAAUAAAGGAGUACACUAUUUGUGCUUAGUAUCUGGUAACUCUGAAGGAGCUGGAGCAAUAGAAAAAUAAGCCCAAUAUACUAUUUUAUUCUUACUAGUACAUGCUAUGUGUAUAUUUAGGACUGGCUUUUGCAACAGUCUCACAUUCUGAUGUAUAUCAGCAAAUGAGAAUGAAGAAUAAUAAGAGUUGUAUUCAACUAAGUCCAACUCAGAGUAGACCCAUUGAAAUUAAUGAACCCAAUGGGUUUACUGCGAGUAAGAAUAGCACUGCAUACCACCCAGUAUCUGAGAACCAUAUCUGAUGUGCUAGUGGAAGCCAACACAGGGAUUCCCACCUGCUCAAUGGGAUUUCACCCCUCUUCUCCCCCCCCAUGUGCCUCCCACACCCUCCCCAAAUCUGCUCCGGAGGGUCGGGAGAAUCCCUAGAACAGCACAUGGGGUGAGGAGAGGGUAAAUAGUUCAAAAAUGCUUGCACUGACAGAAUUAUCUCCUAAGCACUACGUUGAAUACAACCCUGAAUCUCUAUAUGGGUAACUGACAGCCACCAUCACUAAGGGAUACAACAAAUAUUUUUUGUAUGUUGGUUUUUAAAAUAAAAGUUUAAAAUGUAUGCUAUUAAUACAAAAGUUUUUGCAGAAUUCUGUUUUGUUAUGCUCAAAGCAGUAUUGCCAAAUUUGUUUUUUAGUUUUGAAAAACAGUUUUUCUAUCAAUAUGUGGGUGGGAUACAUUUUUGUGUAGUAUAUAUUUAUGCUCAGGUGUAACUGUUUUUAAAUUAAAAAGCAUUAAAUUGUGAAGGAUUUAUUUAUGGUCCUCUUGUGUAUGUUGACUUCAGAUGUCCAGGUUAUUUAUACCAUGUUAGGAAAUUCUGCCCCCUUCCUUUCUGAAGCAAUAAAUAACAUAAAAUUAGAAACCCCUUUUUUAGUAGUCAUGGCAUUUGAUUCCAUUAAAAAAAAGAACUGAGAAUAACCAUGUCAACCACUGAUGUGUAAAAUAACACCCAGAUGCAAAGGAUUCAAUAUAUACACUUCGUACCAACCCUGCACAUGUUUAGCAGUCAUAGAAACACAUAAACAUGAUUCUCUGUAUAAAGCUCAGUUUCUUCCUUCAAAAAAAUUGUACAAAUGUAGUUUGUACAGAAGAACAUUACAAUAGCCCAAUGUGGAUGUCUCUAGGGCAGGAGUAGUCAAUGUGCCCUCCAGAUUUUAUUAGACUACAUUUCCCAUCAACUCUGUUGAUUGGCCAUGCUGGCUGGGGCUGAUGGGAUUUGGGAGUUCAGCAACAUCUGGAGGGCACCAUAUUGGCUAUCUCUGUGCUAGGGUUAGGGAUGUAAGAAGGCACUUAUUUUCAUUCUGCCCCAUAUUCAUCGAUGCCACACUGUUUUCAUUCUGCUCCAGUCUGGCUUCAAAAAACAAACAUUCAUCUUGCUGUCAGCUAUGGUGAAAUUUUAGGUAAUUAUUCAUUAUUCUGUGAUUGCAUUAUUCCACACCAUUCAUUUCAAUGCAAAGGAAAUGCAAUGCAAAUGUUGUGGUAAAGUAAUCAAUUCCGUAUUGUUAAGUACUGUUCGUGGACUGAAAAUGCUUGUUUUUUAUC